UCCUCCUUGAAUCACCAGUACAACAAGGUUGUUGCUCAACACGCCCACUCGCCAAUACAUCCCCUCCUCAGCCUAUAUAAAGGGCUGCCUUCAAUGCACACACACAUCAGACAAACAGCAGAGAAGAAGCAUGAGAGCCUUCAGCGUGUGUGUGUUAGUGAGCCUGGCAGCUGCAGCCUGCUGCGCUCCGGUCACUCAGGAGGUCACCCUGGAAGAUGAGGGCUUUGCAGAGAACUACCUGAAGGCCUUCUUCAACCUCACAGAACAGAGAGGACCGUUAUCCAGACGAGGGCUCAACCCUCUGACCAAGAAGCUGACGGAGAUGCAGAGGUUCUUCGGUCUGCACAUCACCGGGACGCUGGACACCGAAACCCUGGACCUGAUGAAGAAGCCCCGCUGCGGCGUGCCCGAUGGACCCAUCGCUCGUUACUCCACUUUUGGAAGGAACCUGAAGUGGGAGAAAAACAGCCUCACAUACAGGAUUGUGAACUACACGCCUGACAUGUCUGCAGCAGAAGUGGACGACUCCAUAAACAGAGCCCUGCAGGUCUGGGCCAGAGUCACUCCUCUGACCUUCACCAGGCUGUACAGCGGGACGGCGGACAUCAUGAUCUCCUUCGGGCGGCAGUCCCACGGUGAUUAUUACCCCUUCGACGGCCCCGGUGGAACUCUCGCCCACGCCUUCGCCCCGUCCUCGGGCAUCGGAGGAGAUGCUCACUUCGAUGAGGAUGAGACCUUCACUUUCCGUUCGAACAGAGGAUUCAACCUCUUCCUGGUUGCCGCUCAUGAGUUCGGCCACUCGUUGGGUUUGUCUCACUCUGAUGACCCAGGUGCCCUCAUGUACCCAACGUACUCCUACAGAAACCCCGACACCUUCGUUCUGCCUCGAGAUGAUGUGAACGGCAUUCAGUCCCUCUACGGUCCAAAUCCUUCCAAGGAUCCCACUGUCGUUGGUCCUCCACCUCCUACGACACCUGAUGCCUGUGAUUCAACCAUGAUUCUGGAUGCUGUUGCCACCCUUCGAGGAGAGAUGCUCUUCUUCAAGGACAGCUUCUUCUGGCGUAGCUACCCUCAGAGCAAUACUCCUCAGCAGACUCUCAUCACCAACUUCUGGCCCAGUGCCCCGGCCGGCAUCGAUGCAGCUUAUGAGAGCUCGGACAGAGUCUUUCUCUUCAAAGAUAGGAAAGUGUGGGCCUUCUCAGGCUAUACCCCAGUACCAGGUUAUCCCAAGACCCUUAAAGCUUUUGGUCUGCCAAGAAGUGUGAGCAAAGUCGACGCCGUACUCUACGAUCAGGAAUCUGGCAAAACUCUCUUCUUUGUGGACACUGUGUUCUACAGUUACGAUGAGGGCAGAAAGACGCUGGACCGGGACCAAAUGGGCAGAGUUUUGAAGAAGCGGGUAGAUCAGAAUUUCUCAGGUCUGAGCAGAGCGACGGCAGCUUUUCAACACCAAGGCUUCACUUACCUCUACAACGGACCCUACAUGUUUGAGUACAACCUGAGGACGGGCAGGUUGUACCGCGUGCUGAGGAACAGCUACUUCCUGCGCUGCACAAAUUUCUAGAUCCACUUACUUGGAAUUUCGGUGGAUGCUGGAGAACAAUGAAUGUACAAAACACAGUGUUAAAACAGUGCAUUUAACAAAUUUCUAUCUUUCUUUAUAAUAUAUUUUCACUGUUUAAAUUUCCAUUUAAAAUCACGUGUAUGUAUAAUGUUUUUUGUACUUUUUCAAUGGCUCAGAGUGUCAAUUUUUAAAAUAAAGAAAAGUUUUUACAGUAAUUGUGAAUUGUGUCAUUAA